CGGGAGGCGCGGCGUUGCUUUACGGCCGAGGCCGCGUUCUGAGCCCCGAUUGGCUCCGCCGGGACCGCGCCGGGCUCGGAUUGGCCCCGCGCGGGGGGCCGGACGGCGGACGGUGCGAGCGGCGGCGGCUCCAGCACCGGCACCAUGUUGCCUCUGUCUCUGCUGAAGACAGCACAGAACCACCCCAUGCUGGUGGAGCUGAAGAAUGGGGAGACUUAUAACGGGCACCUGGUGAGCUGUGACAAUUGGAUGAACAUAAACCUGCGGGAGGUGAUCUGCACGUCCCGGGAUGGAGACAAGUUCUGGAGGAUGCCCGAGUGCUACAUCCGUGGCAGCACGAUUAAAUACCUGCGUAUCCCUGAUGAGAUAAUUGACAUGGUGAAGGAAGAGGUGGUGUCCAAGGGCAGAGGCCGUGGCGGGAUGCAACAGCAGAAGCAACAGAAGGGCCGUGGCGUUGGAGGUGCCGGACGAGGUGUGUUUGGUGGCCGUGGCCGAGGAAUACCAGGCAGUGGAAGAGGCCAACAGGAAAAGAAGCCAGGCAGACAAUCGGCGAAGCAGUGAGAGUUUGCCGCUGCCGU